GAACAAUGUCGCAAACAGUGAAUCUCGUCGUCGCCAACAACGUUGGUGGUGGAAUGCCAGAAGGCAAGUGUUUCCCGUGUUCACAUGUUUAUGGAAGAACAACUGCUGUGUAUUCAUGCCCUAUUAUAGGUCGUCAUAGAAUUUGUUCCCAUGUCAAAAUUGGAGGACUAAAGUCUGGUUCUUUGGCUGCAUCAUCUAUUGUUUGUGAAGCAAGGAGGGACCCGUAUUUCUCGAGACAAAACAACAGGAACGAGCCAUCCAGAGGAAGAAACGGGAACAAUGAUGGAAGAGUUCUCUUUGAGAAUUUUGAAGAAGAUAUGUUCAAAUUCCAGGCUGCUUCAGCCCCUGGCGCCAGAGAGAAAGAGAUUGUUGAGUUAUUUAAGAAGGUUCAGGCUCAGCUACGUGAGAGAGCUUCCUUGGUUAAAGAAGAAAAGAAAAUUGAAGUACCCCACAGACAUGUUAAAGAGAAUUCUGCUGUAGAUUCCCUUCUUAACGUUCUGAAGAGACACUCGGUUCAGCCAGUAAAGAAAAGCAGCGGAGAAGACCGUAACUCUGACCAGAUGCAAGAAAGUAAUCAAUACAAUGGAGUACAGAGCACUAAUUCUUUUGAUUCAAACAAUUCUCCAAAGGAUGAGUCUCGAGAUGCCAACGUUGCUGCUGUGGCAAGGCCUCAAUCAGUUUUCCAAAGAAAGUCUCCUGUUCCACGCGUAAAGUAUCAGCCUGUCUCCCAUUAUGAGGAUGAGACUAAUGUAGAGACAACCCAUCGUGUUGCACCAAAUUAG